AUGUCUAACAACGCCAACCAGAACGCUGCUGCCUAUCUCACUGCCGCCAAGGCCCAUCCCUUUGAGGUCAAGCCGGCUCCUAUCUGGACACCUGGCGACAACGAGAUCCUCGUCAAGAACCAUGUCGUUGCCAUCAAUCCCGUCGAUGGGAAUCUUCAGUACCUGGCUUUCUUCCCGCUCAAGUAUCCCACAAUCCUUGGCCAGGAUGUUGCAGGUGAGGUCGUAGCCGUUGGUCCGAAUGUCACCCGUUUCAAGGCAGGCGACCGGGUCGUCGGCCACGCUGUGGCCAUGGCCACCGGGAGACAUGAGGACUCUGGCUUUCAACACUACACGAUCUUGCAGACCAACAUGUCCAGCCAUAUCCCUGCCAGCAUGUCGUACGAGACGGCUGCAGUUCUGCCUCUUGGUCUCUCGACUGCAGCGUCGGCUUUGUUCCGGAGCGAGUUUCUGAACCUUCAGCUUCCGACUGUUCCUGCACAAAAGCCAACUGGGAAGACUGUGCUCGUUUGGGGUGGGGCGUCUAGUGUGGGCAGCAACGGCAUCCAGCUGUGUGUUGCAGCCGGCUAUGAGGUCAUUGCUGUUGCUUCAGCUCGAAACUUUGACUACGUGAAGAGACUUGGGGCGAGUGAAGCAUUUGACUACAACAGCGCGACUGUCAAGGAAGAUCUCCUGAACGCCUUCAAGGACCGAGAGCUGGCCGGUGUACUAGACUGCAUUGGAUCAGCGGCCUGGGCCACUUGCGUUGAGGUUGCACAGAAAUCUCAUGGCAGGAAGUUUGUAGCUACUUGCAAGAGAGGAUUUUCGGAGCCACCGGAAGGGGUGAAGCUGGAAGCUGUCUUUGGUACCAUCAUCAAGGACAAUGAGGUUUCGACCGCCAUCUAUGAGAACUUCCUGCCCAAGGCAUUGGAGGAUGGCUCGUACGUGCCAUCUCCCGAGCCCUUUGUUGCCGGGCAGGGAUUGGAGAGCCUGCAGGCCGCCGUGGAUCUGCACCGCGCUGGCGUCUCCGCCAAGAAGAUUGUGGUCAGGCUCUAG